UGUGUCCGAGUUUCAAUGUAUGCCUGCACACGCGCACACGACGAAGUGCAAGAGAGAAUUCGAGAGUCUUUCAGCGUGCAAAUAUCUACGUGACUUGUCUAGCGAGUAAAACAGCCAGCUACAGUCCAUGAAAUUCUGCUCGAGGCAGCCAUCAAUUGGAAUGCGAGACCUCCAGAUGGCUCGUGCAACUCCUAGUGAAAUACGCUGGAAAGUCAUCAUUCUUUGGAAGUUGUUCAACUACACCGUUCCUCAGACCUGUAAAACGUUGGGCCUGACAAGAGCGUCUGUCUACAAUUUUCGCAAACUGUACAACGACACCGGCCGGGUGGACGUCAAUGCAGUUCGACGGGGCCGCAUGCCUAAACUGAACGAAGCAGAGGCAACCGCUCUUGUCGAGCACAUGAAAGAAGAUCCCAGCCAACACUCGACCGACUUCCAGGACUGGUUCUUCCGCAAAUUUGGAAAGAAACUGUCCAAAUCCACAAUCGGACGCUAUUUGCACACAAACGGCUACCGCAAGGGAAAGCAGCGCAAACGGUGGGUGCAAGUGGACGUGAGCAAGAACGAAAGCAAGACCGACUUCCUCAAAGAUGUUGCCAAACCAGACUUUAAAGGUUGUUUUGAGAACGUCGUAAACAUAAACAAUGUUAUUACAGACAUGGCACCUGCUGCUUCUGAUGCCAGUGAUGAGUCAGGUAGCAGCAGUAGCAGUCAAGGUACCACUCCCUUGCAAGACCAAUCGUAUCAUCCACACACUUUUAACUUCGAGAAUGCCCAAUCACCAAUGAAUGAUGAGAGCAUGUCACUGGACACGACAAUGGCUACGACUGCCCUGCAACAUUUGUUACAACACAAUCCUCUCUCAUCACUUUCAACAACGUCUGCUCUCACUGUCAAACUGGAACUAAAAGACGGAAAAGCAGAUUUUGCUAAAUAUUUUGAUGACUUCGUGGCUGCCACUUGUAGUAGCUCUGGUCUCACCAGCACCUUUUCUGGCAUAGGACACCAGACUGAGCAUCCAGUGCGGCCAUAA